CCGUGCGAGUGGAGAGGAGGCUCUGAACUUAAAACUGGAGCGUCCAAGCUAGCUGGAGGAAGAAGAAGACAAGCCCUGCUGGCUGGCUGCUCAAAUCUGAGACCUAUGCCAUGUUGAGUUCUCUUUCUACCUCCUCCUGGGUUGUCGUAUGCAGGCAACCCCUGAAAAAGAUCUCAAUUUCUGCGGUGUCCACGAGUUGGAGGCCAUUUUAUAUCAGGACUCAUUCUCGAUCUCCUCAGCGAGUUCUUGUUUGCUGGGCAAAAUAUGCCGCUGAAUCUGGAGUAGAUGGAUCAUUCAGUUUGAGGAUGGUGCCUCCUAGCCUGUUAGCUGCAGAAAAAGAAGAAGCCAAGGCUGUACUGACACUAUUCUUAAAGAAGCAAGGGUUGAGAAGUGCACUGGCUGCUCGAGUAAUUAAUAAGUCAGAUGCUUUUGUUGAUCACCUUGUCUCGCAACUUCAUUCUGUUCACAAAUCUCGCUACCUAGUAGGACGAGAACUUACAACUCUUGAGAUCAGGGAUGCUCUUAUUCCUUACCUUGAAACCCUCCUUGAGGAAUAUGGAGGAAUCCUGGUGGAUGUGGUAGAAAACUUCCCAAACCCACCUGUGAAAGAAAGUAUAGAAGCAAAUUAUCCAAACCCAAUUACUGAAGAAAAUUUGGAUACAUUAGUUUCUCCCUCUAAUGCCACCCUUGAUAGCAAGAAGCUGAAAGCCUUGGCUCGGGUAAGUGAGAUUAGCCCAGCGGGAAAGUUUCCUGCACAUGUUUGCUAUCUAGUUGAGCUUGGAAUGGACCUGGAGGCAAUUAGGGAGGUAAUACGCAAAUUCCCGGCUUUUGCCUACUAUAGUUUGGACAGAAAAAUCAAACCACUGGUUGAGUUCCUUCUUGAUCUUGGCAUAUUGAAAUCAGAUAUUCCAACCAUCAUUAGCAAAAGGCCUCAACUUUGUGGGAUUAGUCUCUCUGAAAAUUUAAUCCCCACCAUGACAUUUUUGGAGAACCUAGGGGUGGAUAAAAGGCAGUGGGCAAAAGUUAUAUACCGCUUUCCUGCCCUUCUUACUUACAGCAGGUCAAAACUGAAAGGAUCUGUUGAUUUUCUUUAUGAGGUUGGUCUCUCGGCUGAAAAUGUGGGUAAGGUUCUAACUCGUUGCCCAAACAUUAUAAGUUACAGUGUUGAGGAUAAGCUACGGCCUACAGUUGAAUACUUCAGCUCAUUGGGGAUUGAUGUUGCGCAUCUUCUUCAACGGUCUCCUCAAACAUUUGGACUUAGCAUAGAAGCUAACUUAAAGCCUUUGACAGAAUUCUUUCUGGAAAGGGGUUAUAGCAUAGAGGAUGUGAGAACCAUGAUUUCUAGAUAUGGGGCUCUGUAUACUUUUAGCGUGGCAGAGAACUUGGUCCCCAAGUGGGAGUUCUUUCUUACUAUGGACUAUCCCAAGUCAGAGCUGGUUAAGUUCCCUCAGUAUUUUGGUUACAGCUUAGAAGAUAGAAUAAAACCUCGAUACGCAAUUGUGAAGGAGCAUGGGGUUAGGUUACUACUGAAUCAAGUGUUAUCGCUCUCUGGUCCCGAGUUUGAUAAGGCUUUGAGGAGAAAAGUGAAGAAGAAGCAUAACAACUAGUAUUCUCGUUGAUUGGAAGGAAGACCUCAAAUGGACUGUAUAUAACAUCUUAUUGCUAACUUCCACCUUUUAUGGUCUUGAAGACAGACUUGCUGCACUAUGUACAUCAUGCAUGCUUUAAGAGAUGAUCGAAAUAGCAAUCAGCAUAUGCUUGUCCAGGUUGAAUGGUUGAAGCAAGGAAGGAAAUAAUGCAACAGCUAAGUCUCCUUCCCCCGCCCUAUUAACGUCUUGUUACUUUUUUAGGCCUUGAAGGUGCAAGACGUAAUUUGGAAAUGGGAAAAGUUGUAUGUUGUGAAAGGGAAAUAACAUUUUCACGACUGCAUUUUUAAUUUUUGAAUUGCUGGAGCUGCUAUU